CGCCACCAUCACCAGUCCUCCAUCUCUCUCCCGGUCAGUCCUCCUCCACUCCCCAUCCCACACUGCUGCUGCUGGGGACAGAUUAUCCGCCCCCAUUUACUCAUCCCUCUCCGCACGGACUGAUUGGUGAUUCGGCGAGCUCGAGCAAUAAAUUCCUGCGCGCGCGAGAGAGAGAUCAAUCAGAUCAUCAUCAUCAUGGCUGCCGCAACGAGGCGGGCUGCCUCGUCGCUCGUCUCCCGCUGCUUGCUCGCCAGGCCCGCAGCUGUCCCCUCUGCGCUCCGCAGGCCAGAUGGGACACGUGGACUGUUGCCAGGAGUUCUUCAGAGGUUCGGCACUGCAGCUGCAGCAGAGGAGCCCAUUUCGCCCCCUGUUCAAGUGCGCGACACACAGCUCCUUAUCAACGGCAAAUUCGUUGAUGCUGCAUCUGGCAAGACUUUUCCUACUCUGGACCCUCGCACCGGGGAGGUGAUUGCUCGCGUGGCCGAAGGCGACGCAGAGGACAUUGACCGUGCGGUUGCUGCGGCCCGCAAGGCAUUCGACGAAGGGCCAUGGCCGAGGAUGACUGCCUACGAGAGAUCCCGGAUUCUUUUGCGGUUUGCUGACUUGAUAGACAAGCACAACGAUGAUAUCGCUGCAUUGGAGACGUGGGACAACGGGAAACCAUAUGAGCAAGCUGCCAAAAUCGAAGUGCCGAUGGUUUCCCGGCUUAUGCGGUACUAUGCUGGUUGGGUUGACAAGAUCCAUGGGCUAAUUGUGCCCGCUGAUGGUCCACACCAUGUUCAGGUGCUGCAUGAGCCUAUUGGUGUCGCAGGCCAGAUCAUUCCGUGGAACUUCCCACUUUUGAUGUUUGCAUGGAAAGUUGGCCCUGCUUUGGCUUGUGGUAACACUGUUGUUCUUAAGACUGCUGAACAGACUCCUUUGUCUGCGCUGUAUGUUUCUAAGUUGUUCCAUGAGGCUGGACUACCUGAUGGUGUCCUGAACAUUGUAUCUGGUUUUGGUCCUACUGCUGGGGCUGCUCUUGCUAGCCACAUGGAUGUUGACAAGGUUGCAUUCACUGGAUCAACCGAUACUGGCAAAAUUAUUAUGGAGUUGUCUGCACGGAGCAAUCUGAAGCCAGUGACGCUGGAGCUAGGAGGCAAGUCUCCUUUUAUCAUCAUGGAUGAUGCUGACAUUGACCAUGCUGUUGAGCUUGCGCACUUCGCAUUGUUCUUUAACCAGGGACAAUGCUGUUGCGCUGGGUCUCGCACAUUUGUACAUGAGCGUGUUUAUGAUGAGUUUGUUGAGAAGUCCAAAGCUCGUGCUGCAAGGCGUGUAGUUGGUGAUCCAUUUAGGAAAGGUGUUGAACAGGGCCCUCAGAUUGAUGAUGAGCAAUUCAACAAGAUCUUGCGCUACAUUAAGUCGGGUGUUGACAGUGGAGCCACCCUUGUGAGUGGUGGUGAGAGGUUAGGUGACAAAGGUUACUACAUCCAGCCAACAGUUUUCUCCGAUGUGCAGGAUAACAUGAAGAUUGCUCAAGAGGAGAUAUUUGGGCCUGUUCAGUCAAUUUUCAAGUUUAAUGACCUGAAUGAGGUGAUCAAGAGGGCGAACGCGAGCCGCUACGGUCUGGCCGCCGGUGUAUUCACCAACAACCUGAACACUGCCAACACCCUGACGCGGGCACUCAGGGCUGGGACCGUCUGGGUGAACUGCUUUGACAUCUUUGACGCGGCAAUCCCAUUCGGUGGGUACAAGAUGAGCGGCAUCGGAAGGGAGAAGGGCGUCGACAGCUUGAAGAACUAUCUGCAGGUCAAGGCAGUCGUCACUCCCAUCAAGAACGCCGCGUGGUUGUGAUCUGCACAACUAUAUAUAUGAUCCUCUUGACACUCAUGAGAAUAUGAACACUCGCGACAAACCGAUGAAAAAGAAGAUGAUGAUGACAAGUAUGAGGAUCUCUAAUAAGCAUCUGCCCUAGGUUUGAUGGUCUGCCGUCUCUAAUAAAUCCAAGAUGUGAUUUGGUUUC